AUGUCAACAUCUUCAGGAACCCCCGAGUCCUGGAUCUCCUCUUUCUGUUCUCUUCUUGGGCACGAAUACUUUGCCGAGGUAUCUGAAGAGUUCAUUGAAGAUGACUUCAACCUUACGGGCCUACAAAACCAGGUGGCCAUGUACAAGGAAGCUCUAGAGAUGAUUCUUGAUGUUGAACCGGAAGAAGACGAAGAGGAGGAUGAUGAAGAGGAAGAGGACGAGGAAGAUAUAUCAGGGGACGCCCGAGACGGCCCAGGGCGAGAGCGGCGACACCACAGCCGCGUGGCAAGCGACUUGUCCGUCAUUGAGUCUUCCGCCGAGAUGCUUUACGGUUUAAUCCACCAGCGCUUCAUCUGCUCGAGGGCCGGCAUUCAGCAGAUGUCGGAGAAGUACGAGCUAGGCCAUUUUGGCGUGUGCCCACGGACAAACUGCAACCAGACACGGACCCUUCCCGUCGGCCUCUCGGACAUACCUGGGGAAGAUACCGUCAAAUUAUUCUGCCCCUCAUGCCUUGACGUAUACGUCCCCCCAAACAGCCGAUUCCAGACCGUCGAUGGCGCCUUUUUCGGCCGCACAUUUGGCGCCCUCUUCCUCCUAACUUUCCCCGAGUACGAUCUUUCCCGCUCCGGCGCCGAAGCAGCAAGCAGCCUGGCCCGGACGGGCGAGGACCAAGCCAUGAUCAACGGCAUGUAUCCCAAGAAUAUUGCGCCAGGACUUGGCCGUAACAAGAUUUAUGAGCCCAAGAUUUACGGUUUCCGAGUAUCCGAGGUGGCAGACUCUGGCCCCCGUAUGCAAUGGCUGCGCGACAAGCCCGACGACCUGGCAAUCCUGGAUGAGGCCCGCAACUUCGCUGAGGAACACGACGCCGAGUCGGACGACGAGGAUGACGAUGACGAGGGCAUGACCAACACGGGGCGGCACGGGACAAAGCGACAGUACAACUCGGUGAUUAGGCAAAAACAAGGCCGUAAUGGGACUGCUAUGGAGGUGGAUGCCAAUGGGGCGGGCUCGGAACUCUGA